UGUAAAUUACUUGAUAUUGUGUUCAAUUCGUAAGGGUAAAAAUAAAAAAACAAAGUCAUUUAAACACAAUCUCACCAAAAUGGCACUGACCAACAACUUCAUAGGCACCAUUAACUUCGUUGCGGUGCUCCUCUCAAUCCCAAUCAUCGAUGUCAGAAUCAGGCUAACAACGGAGCCAGGCGAUUCCUGUGUCAAAGUUCUACUAUGGCCAGCCAUAAUCUUGGGGGUUCUGAUCCUUGUGGUGGCUCUGGCAGGGUUUGUAGGGGCAUUUUGGAGAAUCCCCACGCUACUGGUAUUGUACCUCAUUGCCAUGCGCGACUUCUCAAUUUGGCUUCGUUGAAGGGUGAGAAGCUCCCACAAGUGGGAUGGCAUUAGAAGUUGUCUUAGCUCUUCGAAUAAUAUUUUCAGGAUGCUGCAAGCCACCAACAAAAUGUGGUUACACAUUUGUGAACCCAACGUAUUGGAUUAGCCCUAUCAACACAGCAGAAGACAUGGAUUGCAUGA